UGACUUUCCUCCCUGUCUGUCAGUGGAGCUUUUGGAAACUAAAGAGGAACAAAUGUUGUACAGACACUUUUUGUGUGAAGGGAUUACAGUUCAAGCUCUCUCUCGUUCUCAUUGGCUUGGCUGUUGUGACAGUGGUGUGGUGAUGAUGGCUGACAUGUCCAAGCAUCAUCCAUAACAAGCUUCCAACUAGGUCCAGUGUGACUCCCUUGCAUGCACCAAGCAGGCUGUGUGCACUUUUUUAGUUCCAGGAGAUUCAAACGCUUCUUCAGUCAGUUGGGAAUUGCAGGGUCAAACAUUUUCUUCAGACAGAUCAUUCUUGAGUCAGUCUGUCUUCUACACUUCUCUGUCAAUUUCCCUUUUACGCACGAGGGGAUCAUGCGCUUUUUGGAGAGGUGACUCACUUUAAAGUGUGCACAUAAAUGAAUGUGCCAGUUCCCGAAAUGGCAAAACCUUUAGAUCACAUAAAGAGACCCAUGAACGCCUUCAUGGUGUGGUCCAGAGGCCAGAGGCGAAAGAUGGCACAGGAGAACCCGAAGAUGCACAACUCAGAAAUCAGCAAGAGACUCGGCGCAGAGUGGAAGCUGCUCUCCGACUCCGAGAAACGCCCGUACAUCGACGAGGCCAAGAGGCUGCGAGCCCAGCACAUGCAGGAGCAUCCGGACUAUAAGUACAGACCGCGGCGCAAACCGAAGAGUCUCCCGAAGAGGGACAGAUUUGUUUUCCCGCUGCCCUCUUUACUCGGAGAGGCAGCGGAGCACUUGAGGGGAUUUUCCAUGGACUCCUUUCUCGUCCCCGGGGACAAAACCAGAGCUUUCCUCGCCCCUGCCUCUUCCUCCCCUUCCUCACCCUUCUCUCUGCUGGAGCCGGUGGCGCAGUUCAGCACCGGAGCUGUCCAGCGGGUGGCGGAGAUUCACUCUCUGCCCUACAGCGCGCACAGCUUUGGCCACCAUACUGGUGGGAUUGGAGGACUGGUUUGCCCCGGACAGCACACCCACACCCACCCGUCACAUUCCAGUGCGGGAUACGUGCUGCCAUGUAACUGUAGCGCCUGGUCUGCGGCCAGUUUACACCCUCAGGUGGCGUAUGUUCUCUUCCCCGGAGGAAUGAACAGGAGCAGCAUGGACUCUUUUACUUCCCCCAGCUCCAGCGUGCAGAGUGGGUAGGAAGACGCACAGUCAUUACGCACAGGACCUCUCCAAAAAUCAAAUUGGCUAUAUAUUUAUUCUACAGUUUUACUUUUCACUUUUAUUUAACAUCUAACUGUAAUGGAGAAAUGCAAUGUUUAUCCAUUUUUAAAACGUCAUUGUUUACUACUGCUGCAUCACAGCUUAGUCCAUGUCAAUACAGGGUCAAGUUUGCCAGAUUGGGUGGUUUUCUGGAAGAGACGAGAGGUGAAAAGGACAGUUGUAAUAACAGAAAUAACGACAGUCAAUUACUGUGAUAUUUUUAGUAUACCAGAUUGCUACUGCCUGUUUUUUUUUUGUUUCGAAAGGUUAAAUGUUUCAAUAAAUCAUUGAAUUUGUAUUUAUUUAUUCAGAUGAAAACGUUUUUGAGAGAAUUUUACAAAGAAACACUAAAAAUCCAUCAACAUUAUGACUUAGCUGCUAUUCAGUGACUGAUGUUAAUGAGAAGUUUAAACUCUUCUUUAUAUUACUGUUUAUUAUGAUUUUAUUACUGAGAUGCCAUACCUGUUGUGUAUCAGCUGUAAUGAAAAACAAACUUUGUGGGUAAUAAUAAAGAUAAUGUGGAGAAGUACCAAACAAUAUUGUUGUGUAAAAGCAAUCCAGACCAAUGAUAAGAGAAGAAUAGUCUUUAGUCUCAGUUCAUGACAAAAAGGGAAUCAGGAAUGUCAAUCACACAAUCAUCAUCUUAACUGGAGGUGGUUAAUAUUUGCCAUUUUCUCCAUUAUAUGAAAAUAUUGCAAAGUGUACAUGUUGUCCUCAAGAUUACUAAGAUAACAAUGUAAUUAUUCAUCCAAAGGAUUAUUUGGCACAGUUGAAUUUCAUGUGUUUAACUUAGUUUACAUAUUAUCUUUUAUUUGAGUGUUUUACAUCAACAUAAUGUUCGUAAUAAUAAUCGUGUUUAUUAUUUGACAGCGACUGAUUUGAAACUUUUACUUUGUGUAUUUGAAUGCUUUGUCUUUGUGCAUCAGGCUCCAGUUUGGGAGAUUGUCUGCAAACCAGCAUCAUCUCAGCAGCAGCAAACAGAAAAACCUUCAGUCAGUGAUUCAGUUUCCCGUGGUUAGAAGGGAUUUUAAGCAAAAAAUGCAAAUCAAAUAAUCAGCAGGAUUUUUUGGUUCGUGAAAAAGAAGUGCAGGAUUCACAGCAUGUUGAGUUAAGAGGAGCAGCUAACAAGAUGCAUUCAAAGACCCUGGUGAAUUUCAUCACUUCUGGGGAAUCUACAGCAGAGGUCUCAAACUCGCGGCGCGUGCGCCACAUGCUGCCCUCCAAUCCGUUGGAUGUGGCCGCCACUUAAGCUCUUAGUACAUUUUGCAUCAUAAAUACAUUUUUAUGUGAACUACA